CUUUGGCGUCGGCAUCAAACACGCGACUAAACCCGUCCAGAGCAUGACUGAUCUCAUCAAUUGACGACACUCACUAAUGCAAACUCCAUUAUGUUUCCUCAGCCCAUAACCACAAGUCAAGCGCCAUGUUAAACGCGUCACAAUGCCAAUCGACCCAGAGAUCUUCGCUGUCGGCCAAAGAGCCCUUGGACAAUGGAGGCUCAACAAACUCUACGUCCUCCGCACAGCCCUCGUCCCAGCCAAAACCGCUGGUAAGAAGCACGGUGCAAAAGUUUACUUUAAACUGGAACAUACCCAGUUUACAGGGUCGUAUCACUUCCGAGGCGCCAUGGCAAGAAUGAAGGACAAUCCUACAAAAAAGCCAUUCGUUACAGCGUCGACGGGGAAUCAUGCCAUGGGCGCUGCUCUCGCGGCGCAUGCACUAGGAACGAAAGUAACUAUUGUCAUGCCGAUGUUUGUGGAGAAGCAUUUGCUUGAGAAGGUGAAGCAGUAUGGUCCUGAGAUUGUACACCACGGAAAUGAUCUGAACGAGGCGAGAGCGUAUGCGAAAGACCUUGCUAAAAAGUCAGGUCAUAUAUAUUUCUCACCCUGCGAUGAGUUCAUGGUCCUCGCUGGUCUAGGCACCGUCUGCGUCGAAGUUCUUCAGCAAUUCGAGGUCCUCGACAAACCAAUCCACAAUAUCUUCGCCCCCAUGAGUGACGGUGCACUCAUAAGCGGGAUAGGCUGCUUUGCCAGAGAUGCAAAAAAACAAGCCGGCAGUUUAAGACCAAAGGUGAAAGUCUGGGGCGUUACAGCGAUCAACUCAAUGGCACUCGCAGCAUCUUUAUCCGCUGGAUUUCCAAUCGAGACAGAAACUUCGCCUACGCUUGCUAUGUCCGAAUCGGACAAUAAUAUUAUACGGAAUGGAAUUGACCUUCGGUUGGCCAGGACAACGGUUAAUCAUGUUGUUACGUGUACAGAGGCGGAGAUUUUGGCUGCGUUAAGACAGCUUCAUAUUCAGGAGAAACAGUAUGUCGAUGGAUUUUCGGCGUUAGCGCUCGCCGGGUUCAAUAAGAUUGCUGAGAAGGUGAAACAUGAGACGAGUACUGUUAUCUUGUGUAGUGGGAAUUACGAUAGGGACAAGAUUGGGAAGUUGGUUUACGGCGCUUGACAUUAGGUGCUUAUCAAUAGAAUGAGGUCUUGAUGGAAUGACAGCGAAGUUCAAGCACCGAUUACCUGU